CCCGGAGUGGUCGUCGUUUAAAGGAUAAUAUAAAUGGUGGAGCACGGUAAAAGUGGCUCAAAUGUUGAAGCCACUGUGUGGGACCACAGUGACUCCAAAGAAUGGGCCUUACCAAUCAAGCCCUUGGAAGAGAAGUGGAAGCUUGUGCCGGCCUUUCUGCAGGUCAAGGGUUUGGUAAAACAGCACAUUGAUUCUUUUAAUCAUUUCAUAAAUGUGGACAUCAAGAAGAUAGUGCGUGCGAAUGCGCUGGUCACCAGUGACGCGGAUCCGCUCUUCUAUGUUAAGUACUUGGAUGUGCGUGUGGGCAAGCCCGACAUUGACGAUGGCUUCAAUAUAACCAAGGCGACCACGCCGCACGAAUGCCGUCUGAGAGACACCACAUAUUCGGCCCCCAUUACCGUAGACAUUGAGUACACGCGUGGCACUCAGCGCAUUAAGCGAAACAAUCUGGUCAUUGGACGCAUGCCGUUGAUGCUUCGUUGUUCCAAUUGCGUGCUUACGGGAAAGUCCGAGUUUGAGCUAUCAAAGUUAAACGAGUGCCCACUAGAUCCGGGCGGAUAUUUCGUGGUGCGUGGCCAAGAGAAAGUCAUACUUAUACAGGAGCAGCUAUCGUGGAAUAAAAUGCUCACCGAGGACUUCAAUGGCGUUGUGCAGUGUCAGGUCACAUCGUCCACACAUGAAAAGAAAUCACGCACGUUGGUAUUGAGCAAACAGGGGCGCUACUAUCUGAAACACAACUCCAUGGUGGAUGACAUACCAAUUGUGGUUAUAUUCAAGGCAUUGGGAAUUGUGUCUGAUCAAGAGAUUAUGGCACACAUUGGCCUAGAUGCACGUGCUCAGAAUGGUUUCGGUGCAUCACUUAUGGAGGCAUUCAAUCUAAAAAUAUUUACGCAGCAACGAGCGUUGGAGUAUAUGGGUUCCAAGCUGGUGGUUAAGCGUUUUCAGAGUGCCAAUACCAAAACACCAGCCGAGGAGGCUCGAGAACUAUUGCUCACCACCAUUUUGGCUCACGUGCCGGUGGACAAUUUUAGUUUUCAAAUGAAAGCCAUCUAUGUGUCGCUUAUGGUUCGCCGUGUCAUGGCUGCCGAGGUGGACAAGACGCUCUUCGACGACCGUGACUAUUAUGGCAACAAACGUUUGGAGCUGGCCGGCUCGCUCAUCUCACUCAUGUUCGAGGAUUUGUUUAAGCGUAUGAACUGGGAGCUUAAGAUGAUAGCCGACAAAAAUAUACCGAAGGUGAAGGCAGCCCAAUUCGAUGUUGUGAAACAUAUGAGGGCAGCACAGAUUACAGCUGGCCUGGAGUCGGCGAUUAGUUCAGGCAAUUGGACCAUUAAACGAUUCAAAAUGGAACGUGCUGGUGUGACACAAGUGCUAUCCCGUCUAAGUUAUAUUUCGGCGCUAGGCAUGAUGACACGUGUGAAUUCACAGUUUGAAAAGACGCGUAAGGUUUCGGGCCCACGCUCCUUACAACCCAGUCAAUGGGGCAUGUUGUGCCCGUCAGACACGCCCGAAGGUGAAGCCUGCGGUCUGGUUAAGAAUCUGGCGUUAAUGACGCACAUAACCACAGAGGUAGACGAGAGGCCGGUGAUGAUAUUAGCUUUCAACGCUGGUGUUGAGGAUAUACGUGAGGUCAGCGGUAAUCCCAUAAACAAUCCGCAUGUCUUUCUCGUCUUCAUCAACGGCAAUGUCUUGGGUCUGACAAUAAAUCAUAGACAGUUGGUUCAGAAUUUGCGUUACAUGCGACGUAAAGGACGCAUGGGUAGUUUUGUAUCCAUACACACGUCGUAUACACAACGUUGCAUCUUUAUACAUACAGACGGAGGAAGGCUCUGUCGUCCCUAUAUAAUUGUGAGCAGUGGCCGGCCGUUGGUGCAACAGCAUCAUUUGGAUGAACUACAGCGAGGCAUACGGAAAUUCGACGAUUUUCUGCAUGAUGGACUCAUCGAGUAUCUGGAUGUGAAUGAGGAGAAUGAUUCGUUUAUAGCUUGGAAUGAGGCGCACAUUGAACCCCAUACCACACAUCUGGAAAUUGAACCAUUCACUCUCUUGGGCGUUUGUGCUGGACUGGUGCCCUAUCCACAUCACAAUCAAAGUCCUCGCAACACCUACCAAUGUGCUAUGGGAAAACAGGCCAUGGGGAUGAUUGGUUAUAAUCAAAAGAACCGCAUUGACUCUCUGAUGUACAAUCUCGUCUAUCCUCAGGCGCCGAUGGUGAAGUCGCGCACCAUCGAGUUGACUAAUUUUGACAAGGUACCGGCGGGGCAGAAUGCCACGGUGGCUGUGAUGAGCUAUUCUGGGUAUGAUAUUGAGGAUGCAUUGAUUCUAAACAAGGCGUCCAUUGAUCGCGGUUACGGACGCUGUCUGGUCUACAAGAAUUCAAAGUGCACGGUUAAGCGAUAUGCGAAUCAAACCUUUGACCGCAUCAUGGGACCCGUAAAAGACGCCCUCACCAAUAAAGUAAUUUUUAAGCACGAUGUGCUAGACACGGAUGGCAUUGUGGCACCUGGUGAGCAGGUGCUCAACAAACAGAUUAUGAUAAACAAGGAAAUGCCAGCAGUUACCUCAAUAAAUCCGCUGGAGGGUCAAAAUGCACAGGUACCAUAUACGGCGGUUCCAAUAAGCUACAAGGGCUCUGAGCCGAGUUAUAUCGAACGUGUUAUGGUGACAGCGAAUGCUGAAGAGGAUUUCCUCAUAAAGAUUCUGCUGCGUCAGACACGUUGCCCGGAAAUUGGUGAUAAAUUUAGUUCUCGGCAUGGCCAGAAAGGUGUUACGGGUCUCAUAGUGGAGCAGGAAGAUUUGCCUUUUAACGAUUUUGGCAUAUGUCCGGAUAUGAUUAUGAACCCUCAUGGUUUUCCCUCUCGAAUGACAGUGGGAAAAACACUGGAGCUGUUGGGUGGCAAGGCAGGAGUGCUGGAAGGGAAGUUUCAUUACGGUACCGCCUUCGGUGGUUCCAAGGUACAGGAUGUACAAGACGAGCUCGUCCGCCAUGGUUUCAAUUACAUGGGCAAGGACAUUUUCUACUCCGGUAUAACAGGCGAGCCGCUAGAAGCGUACAUUUAUUCUGGUCCCGUCUACUAUCAGAAACUAAAGCACAUGGUGCAGGACAAGAUGCACGCUCGUGCUCGCGGUCCCAAGGCUGUACUGACUCGCCAGCCUACUCAGGGUCGAAGUCGCGAGGGCGGUUUGCGCUUAGGUGAGAUGGAACGGGAUUGUCUGAUAUCCUACGGCGCCAGUAUGCUAAUUAUGGAGCGUCUUAUGAUCUCCUCGGAUGCCUUUGAGGUCGAUGUAUGCCGUACUUGUGGGCGUCUUGCCUAUUGCUCGUGGUGCCACUUCUGUCAGUCCUCGGCACAUGUCUCUAAGAUUUCUAUGCCCUACGCUUGCAAGCUGCUUUUCCAAGAGCUGACCAGCAUGAAUGUGGUGCCCAAACUUAUGUUGGAGAAUUAUUAAUAAGUGCGACAAGAAGAAUAAAGUGACUAUUCAUGUUCUGCUUUUUAUACCCUAUGCAAGUAUAUGGGCUCUCAACAUUAUUUGUAUUUUUUUCUUGUGUUCGCAAAUACAGACAGAUACGUUGGAACUCAAUGCAACGUUGAGGGACUACGUGUAUAGUGAGCAUUCAAAUAUAAUAAACUAUGAAUACCAGAUCGA